AGCAUGUAUGACCCUUAUCCCAUUGUAACUUAUAGUUGACAAAAGUACCCCUAAACGGAACCGAAUUUCAGCUACACUACUCACCGUCGUCUCCUUUUCCCCGUUCAUCGUCAACGCUACUCUCCAUCUUCACCAGCUUCCUACUAUAUGACUCCUACUCUCACUCUCCAAUUUUUCCACUCUCCACGCACUUUUCGCGCGAGUCCAAUUCACUCUCCGAUCACCUUCGCCUCACCACCACCACACUCUUCAUCGCAAUUUGCUUUUCACGAAAAAAACCACCGAAAAACUUUCCUUCAACAACAACAACAGAAAAAAUCAUCGACAGUAAUGUCCUCGUCAAUUUCUCAACCUCCACCGGUACCAGAACUCGCCGACGAUUCCGAUUUCCAUAAACUUCUCUCUCCCGCCGGUCUCAUCUCCAUCUGCGGCUUCGGUUCUCUACUCUCAGAGAAAAGCGCAAGAAGUACAUUUCCUGAUCUGCUGAAUUUUAGAGUUGCGAGAUUAAGCAAUUUCCGGCGAGUGUUUGCUCACGUGGCGCCUAUUUUCUUCCAACGUGGCAUCGCCAAUCCUGAAACGAAGGAGAUUUCAAGCUUGAGUGUGGAGCCUUGUGAAGGUGAAAAUCUUGUAGUUACAGUGUUUGAGAUUGUUAAAUCGGAGAUUCCUGCAUUUAUGGAACGAGAACUCGAGUUUCGAUUUCUAGCUGUUGUCCCUGAAACACUAGAUGGCGAUAAAUUUGAUAAUCCAGCGGUUCUUUGUGCUCGCUACAGUGAUGAGGAAUUUUUCCAGAUUAGAUGCAAAGGAAGCAAGGAGAUUUAUUUUGAGCAUUAUGGUAGAUUUAACAUCGAAAAAAUAUGGAGAGAUGAUAUCUUACCUUGCCGUGCUUAUCUUCGACACUGUGUAUUAGCAGCGAAGAAUCUCGGUAGUGCAGCUUAUGACAACUUUCUGGAUCACACUUUCCUCGGAGAUCGUAAAACAACCAUCCGUGAAUAUCUUGCAACAACAGGUGCAGGUAUAAUGGAAGAGGAGCCCCCUGAGUCUCUCAAGAACCGUUACGGUGGCUGACGAGAUAGCAAAUGGUAGAACCGGACACCAUAAAGGCUGAUCUUAACCUUCAACAUUGGUUAACUGGAAUAUUCCAAGCAUUACAUGUUCUAACUUUUAUAGGCCAUGAACCCAUGAUUGAAGACAAGUUGAAAGUAUAUUAUACAAAAGAUAAAUAAAGUUUUUGAUCUAUUUCUAAUUUGAAGCUGUAAUUUCUGUUGCAAGCAAAUACAAGAAUCAUAAACUCUUAAGAGUAGCAAUGACUACUCUAGCAAUUUAAUUCUCCAUUGAAUCA